AUGGGCAAACGCGGGAGCCGGAGCCAGAGCCAGCUACUCAAUACCCUAACCAAAAAGCAGAAGAAGCAUCUUCGGGAUUUCGGCGAGGAGCAUCCCUUCUAUGACAGGGUUUCAAGAAAGGAAGCAAAACCACAGAUCUGUCAACUGUCAGAGAGUUCAGAUUCUUCAAAUUCUGAAAGUGAAGCAGAAAGUGAACCAGAACAAAUUUCUGGGUACCAUAAACUACUUGCUACAUUAAAGAAUGUUUCUGAGGAAGAAGAAGAGGAGGAUGAGGAGGAGGAGGAGGAGGACGAGGAAGAAGAAGCUGUAGAUGAAGAACGAGCAAUGAGUGGUGAAGAUGAUAGUGAUGUCAGUGUGGAAGAAGAGAUGGCAAUAGCAUCUGCUGAAGAGGAAAAUACUUAUCAGGCCUUACCUGCUGACCCUCACGAAAAAGAUGGGGAAGGGCCACCUGGCACGUCACAACAAGAAUCCCCUGAGGAGUUCACAGAUGCAAAACACGAGUCACUGUUCAGCUUGGAAACCAAUUUCCUUGAAGAGGAAAGCGGAGGCAACUGUUCCCUCAAAGUGUCACAAGAUCCAUUUCUACAACAUGUGAACAAAGAACUGAAAGAAAAAGAAAUUCAGGCUGUUGCUACAAAUACCCAAACUACCCACCAACUGAAAUGGCCUACCCUGGGCCAGCUCGUUUUUUCAUCCAAGUUUCGGAAGUUGGAAACAUUUAAGGCACCAAAGGACAUUGACUUAAAGUCACUUUAUCUCCAGAAGCCUCUCGAGUCCACCUGGACCAAGACCAACAGCCGGUUUCUAUGUGGCCCUAAACAGUCAAAUAGCCCUUUCACCCCACUCCAGAAAGAACUCUUCUUGAUUAUGAAUUCUUACCAUGACCUGUUCUACCCAGAAAGAACAGCCCUGAAGAAUGGUGAAGAAAUCCGCCAUGUGUACUGCCUCCAUGCAAUAAAUCAUGUGCUCAAAGCCAAUGCCCGGGUACUUAGCAACAAUAGCAGACGUCGAAGCCAGAAACUUGGGGUGGGUGAUGAUGAUGACUUCAGGGACCAAGGACUUACAAGGCCCAAGGUGCUGAUAGUGGUGCCUUUCCGGGAAGCUGCUUUACAGGUGGUACAGCUUUUCGUCAGCUUCCUAGAGGGUGACAGCAAGAAGAAAAUAAUUGUGAGCAACAAAAAGAGGUUUAAGGGAGAGUACGGAUCAGAUCCUGAGGAGAAACCACCCAACCUGAAGAGGCCUGAGGAUUAUGAAGCUGUAUUUAUUGGCAACAUUGAUGACCACUUCAGAAUCGGAGUUGCAAUACUUCAGAGAAGCAUCCGGCUCUAUGCCCCCUUUUAUUCCUCAGACAUCAUCAUUGCCUCCCCUCUGGGCUUGAGGACCAUUAUUGGUGGUGAAGGAGAGAAGAAGAGAGAUUUUGACUUUUUGUCUUCUAUUGAGCUGCUCAUCAUUGACCAAGCUGACAUCUACCUGAUGCAGAACUGGGAGCAUGUCUUGCACUUGAUGAAUCACAUGAACCUACUGCCCUUGGACUCACAUGGGGUGGACUUUUCCCGAGUGCGGAUGUGGAGUCUUAAUAAUUGGUCCAGGUACUAUCGCCAGACACUGCUGUUUGGGGCUCUGCAGGAUGCCCAGAUCAACUCCGUGUUCAACAAGCACUGUGUCAAUUGGCAAGGGCAGGUGGCUGUGAGGAAUGUCCCAACCAUAGGCUCCAUCAGCCAUGUCCUGGUACAGCUCCCACAUGUCUUCCAGAGGAUGGAAGCAGAAAACCUAGCUUCAGUGAUAGAUGCCAGGUUUAACUUUUUUGUGAGCAAGAUUUUGCCUCAGUAUCGUGAUGCAGUCAUGUCUCACACACUCAUCUAUGUCCCCUCCUACUUUGACUUUGUGCGUCUUCGAAAUUACUUCAAGAAGGAAGAACUGAACUUCACCCACAUCUGCGAGUACACUAAAAAGUCUGGUGUCUCCAGGGCCAGACAAUUCUUCCUUCAAGGAGAAAAGCAGUUUCUGCUCCUCACAGAGCGCUUCCAUUUCUACAAAAGGUAUACAAUAAAAGGCAUUAGGAACCUGAUUUUCUAUGAACUGCCAACAUACCCCCAUUUCUACAGUGAAAUUUGUAACAUGCUAAGAGCCACCAUCAGAGGAGAGGAAGCCACAUGGACCUGCACUGUUCUCUACUGCAAGUACGAUGCCCAAAGGCUAGCUGCUGUGGUUGGUGUGGAGCGGGCAGCACAGAUGCUGCAGUCCAUAAAGAACGUCCACCUCUUUAUUACUGGAGAAAAAUGAAACUUUAUUGGACCGGAUACAGCAUUGACAUGAUACAUAAUGCUCGAUUCUGUGCCCUUUGGACCCAAUUCUGAUGAUUAAUACAAGAAUUGAAUUGAUUAAAAAAUAAUAAUAAUAAAAGACACCAGGCAGUGUCAGUGUUACAUUUACUUCUUUUCAGGUCAUAUGUUCUGGCAAGUUAAAUGUAAGCCAAAUUUCAGUAAAUCACAUGUUUUAAAGUCAAGAAGAGGCUAGAAGGACUCUAAGACGUUAAUGGAAGAAACUUCUGUUUAUGAAUCUUUUUGUGAGCUAUAAAUUCUUUUAUUAUGAUUUCACCU